UUUUCCAACGUUCCUAGAUUCAGCUGUUGUUAAGCGAAUUUCAUGUAAUUUGCCACACUGACAACCAGUAUUGCAGCAUUGGUAUAAGUUCUGAUACUUUUCCCUGUGAACCGCAGGUAUUUAUGAAGUACAGCACUUGAUAAGGCCAACAACGACAGCGUUUUUCUGAGGCGCCAUUAUGGCUGGAAGACAGAAGAAACAAACUGGCGGUUCCAGCGUGUCUAGGGAAACAUUGCCAAUGACACCAGAUCGGGUGAUCUAUGAAUGUGUGUCCACCAUCAGCGACUUGAUUCAGCGACAACUAGAGCGAUUUCCGUGUCCGACCAAGAGACGGACGUCUCCGAGAACCUCGACUGAGGAGGACAGCAUGGUAUCGGACAUUCCGUGUGAGGUGAAAUCCUCUAUCAGAUCGCUGUCAGAGGACAUACGGGCAUUGUUCCAGUCAGUUACGUCCUUAGUACAAUGUCAAGACGAUGUUCUCGAUCAGGAAACUCCUAACCGUGUCCAAAACACCACGAACUCGCCAGAUACUUAUGUGGAUGAUCUAAAACAACAGCUGGGGACACUACAAAGUCGGUUACGGGAGAUGGAACAGUCUGCCGAGAAGAGUUCCCGUGAGGCGGGAAGGGGAAGGAUGGGAAAGAAAUGGAAAGGGAGUCCUGCAGGCAAGCGUCAAGGCAGUCGGUGUCAAGACAAGAUCAAGACAGAUCUACUGAAUCAGCAGGUAGAAACAGAGCUUGGGCAAAAAGUGAGCAGCAUGUAUAGGGCUGCCCAGGAGCUCGGAACAACUACUGGCAACAUUGACUCGCUGAGCAGUUUGGGUAAAGUUCUGUGCGAACUGGACGGCCUCCUGACUUACAUGGAAGGUGGUUAUGCAAACUCAGAACAAGAAACUAAGGAGGUCGUGCUGAGUGAGAAAAGGGCUGAGCUAGGACUGAACAACAGGCCGGAUACCAGUGCUGAGAAUAAAGGCAAGGAGCUGGUGACCAAGUCUAGCCUAGAGGCAAACGGCAAUAGACGGGAAGAGUCUUCAAAUAGAGAGGCAGCACUAAGGGACAGAUGUAACGACACACGCUCAGAGACAAUGAAAGAAACGAAGGCGAAGCCCCACCACAGAGGGAAAAUCAGCGAUAACAACACUGGCUCCCAAGCCACAGAAACACAUCAAACAUCCUUGGGCCAAGAGAAGGCAGGGUGCACCGCUGAAAGUCCCGGUAACCCCACACAUACCGAAUUGGAUUUGGGUGCAGGAAACUGGGACACGAAUUUUGAGGCUGUGAAUUUGGACUCCAAAAAUCCCAUUACCGCACCAACUGUUUCAACAACUUGCCAAUCUAGUGCUCACUCUAGGAUAUCCAACAAAGAUCUGACAGAAACUGCCUCUGUUAAAGAUACAGUAGAUUCCAACCAGGACUUGCCCCUCGGGAACAAAUCUAAGAGUGACACGGAAACCAGUUUCGACCAAAAAAUGAGACCCAAGGAAGAAUCAUCUGGUUGCGAAAAUUCCCUCGCAUUGAACCGUAGGUCGUCGGUGACUGAUCUUCAGGCGUACAUGCAUACGGCAAAACCUCUGGCACUGAGUCCCGCGCAACUCGACAUGAUGCCAGUCAGCACAACCUCCUGCCCCGACAUCAGCUGGUCACCUACCGCAACAGUCAAGCAGUUGUCCAGCUGCGUGACGUCAUCCCGUUUUGUUCAGUUUGAACAACCAAGGCAUGUCAAAAUGGCUACGGUUUUAGGCCUUGCUUGGGUUUACGUUGCCGUGAUGGCAAUAUUCAAUAUGACAACCGACAUAAGUUACGCCCCUUUCAUGGCGUACGCUGAAACUGUUAAUGGAUACAUAACGCAUUCUUUCAAUGCGUGGUAUGACAGUGAGCUCUGGUUUUAGCCCCUUAUUUCCGAUAUUAUAUGACCACUAUCAUUUCAGUAAACAUAUCUGUUUGGACAGAUAAAUAAUUUGUGAAUCAGUAUUAAUAUUAAC